AUGGCUGGACGAAUUCGACGCAUUCAAAAGGUACCCAGGUACACAGGGCCAUUCGCACUACUCUCUGGAGCAAACGGAAGGACCAACAUGCAACAGGCACGGAAUGAGCUUACAGCCAUGUUGUAUGGCGAGACUGAGAUUGCAGACUGCCAGCGGGACCAGUCUUCACUUAUCGACCUCAAGCUGGUCGAAGACGGCAAUAUCAUGCACAUGAAGGGUCGAUUCCCAGGUCCCCCAGGAACCCCUUACGAAGGAGGCAUGUUUCAAGUCGACAUUCUACUCUCCGAUGCGUACCCCUUCCAGCCGCCCAAAGUCAAGUUCGAUACUAAAGUUUAUCACCCAAACGUCAGCUCCCAGACAGGAGUGAUUUGCCUGGAUAUCUUGAAGCAGGCAUGGUCGCCUGUCCUGACGAUAUCUUCAACGCUGCUGUCGGUUCAGUCUCUCCUCUGCACGCCCGAGCCCAAUGAUCCUCAGGAUGCUCAAGUGGCUUCUCAAUAUCUGAACGACUAUGACGCGUUUCUGGAGACGGCGCAGUUCUGGUCCGAAUGCUAUGCAAAACCCAGCCCAGGAGACAGACUGCAUCCGGACAGCAAACCAUUGGGCAGUGGGAACCCAUCACAACAACACGACGCAACAGCAGGAUACAACAACCAUUUCCAAUCGCAUCAGAGUCCUGCGUUUGUGGCGCCAGCACCAGAACCGGUGUUGAGCAAGGAGGAGCUGGAAAAACGGCGCAAGGUCCAGGAUUUGGUCGAGAUGGGCUUUGGGGCGGAUCGGGCUCGAACCUUUUUGAUCAGGGCCAACUGGCAGACCGAGGCAGCUUUGGAGGACCUGCUGAACCAGUAG